AUGUGCGGCGCUGUGGGGCACCUCCGGGACAGCUGCAGGGAGAUCCGGUGUCAUCUGUGUUCAGAGAUGGGUCACACGUACCGCACCUGCCCCGAAGCCCAGCACAAUGUAGAGUCCAUCUGGAGUCAGGAGCCGGUGGAGAUGGACUCUGCUGGGUUAGGGGUUCAGGUAGCAUCGUCAUCUACAAGGCCCAUCUCUGGCACAGGGGUUUCCCUGCCCCAGCAACAACCCAUCCUCCCCUCGGUCUCUGUAACAUCUCAGGACCCUGGGAAGGCCACAAGUUCACGUCCCCUCACGAAAAGUGUACGUAGAGAACGCACUACCUCCACAGCCAUUAUGGCUCCCCCUAGACCCCCUCCCCCUAGGCCCCCCCCUCCUAAAUUCUCCACGGUGAAGGUUACCCCCACUGAAAAAUCCCCAGAUGCACGUCCCUUAGAUGCACAGUCCCUAGAGUGGAGCACGGUGAAAGGUAAGAAACCCCCCCCCUCCAAGACCUCGACGCUGCCCUCACCCCGGAAGAUCGCCAUACCCCCUGCGGCGAAACCCCCGAAAGGGGGAGACGCCACUUAUAAGGGUGGUGUGGCACGGGCGUCAUCCUCCUCUUCGGGCUUGCAGGAGGCCCCGGUGCCCGUAUCUAACAGGUACGAGGCACUGUCCUCCAGCUGGGCCGACUGUGAGUACGAGGAGGAGAUGGCGAACCUCCCCGAGGUGGUGGCAGGGGUUGAGGUGGGACAGGAGGUGCUUCUGAGAGACGACGGGCCACUGUAUCCCGGAGUCUCAGUGAAGAGGUUCCUCGGUUCCGACACGGAGGAGGAGGGGUACCGCAGAAGGAAGGGAAAGUCUCCUUAUACUUAA